GUUGCCGUAGCGACGGAAGCCUCCUCCGCCUCUUCCGGCUUCGCAUGGCGCCGUCUCUUCCGGUGCGGGGAGUAAUAUGGGGACAAUACACCUGUUCCGCAAAUCACAGAGAUCAUUGGUUGGAAAGUUAACACAUGAAUUUAGGCUGGUUGCAGCAGAUAGGAGGUCCUGGAAGAUCUUGCUGUUUGGUGCUAUAAAUUUAAUAUGUAUUGGCUUCCUGCUAAUGUGGUGCAGCUCUACAAACAGCAUAGCUUUAACUGCUUAUACAUAUUUGACAAUCUUUGACCUUUUCAGUUUGGUAACAUGUCUAAUAAGCUACUGGGUAAUGAUGAAGAAACCCAGCCCAGUCUAUUCAUUUGGGUUUGAAAGGUUUGAAGUUCUAGCCGUAUUUGCAUCUACAGUUCUGGCACAGCUUGGUGCUCUUUUUAUACUGAAAGAAAGUGCAGAGCGGUUUCUGGAACAACCUGAGAUACACACGGGGCGACUGCUGGUUGGUACUUUCGUGGCUCUCUUUUUCAACUUAUUUACAAUGCUUUCCAUUAGGAAUAAGCCUUUUGCUUAUGUCUCUGAAGCUGCCAGCACAAGCUGGCUUCAGGAGCAUGUUGCAGAUCUUAGUAGAAGUAUUUGUGGAAUCAUCCCAGGAUUGAGUAGCAUCUUUCUGCCACGAAUGAACCCUUUUGUCUUGAUUGAUAUUGCUGGAGCUCUAGCUCUUUGCAUUACAUAUAUGCUCAUUGAAAUCAACAAUUAUUUCGCUGUAGAUACAGCCUCUGCUAUAGCAAUUGCUUUGAUGACAUUUGGUACCAUGUAUCCCAUGAGUGUCUACAGUGGGAAAGUACUACUCCAGACAACCCCACCUCAUGUGAUUGGCCAGUUAGAUAAACUUCUUAGAGAGGUUUCAACUUUGGAUGGUGUCUUGGAAGUUCGAAAUGAGCAUUUUUGGACAUUAGGUUUUGGCACUUUGGCUGGAUCAGUACAUGUCCGAAUUCGGAGAGAUGCAAAUGAACAAAUGGUACUUGCCCAUGUCACUAACAGAUUAUACACAUUGGUCUCUACCUUGACUGUUCAGAUUUUCAAAGAUGACUGGAUCAGACCUACCUUAUCAUCUGUGCCUAUUGCAAACAAUAUUCUGAACCUUUCGGAUCAUCAUAUUAUUCCGAUGCCAUCUUUGAAAGCUGCUGAUAAUUUGAACCCUGUUACAUCCACUCCAGCUAAGCCCAGCAGCCCACCGCCAGAAUUUUCUUUUAAUACUCCAGGCAAAAAUGUGAAUCCAGUCAUCCUUUUAAACACUCAGACAAGGCCCUAUGGAUUGGGCUUUAAUCAUGGAUCCGCACCCUACAGCAGUGUACUCAAUCAAGGAUUUGGAAUACCGGGAAUGGGAGCAACUCAAGGAUUCAGAACUGGUUUUACAAAUGUCCCAAGCAGAUAUGGAACAAACACUCGUGGGCAACCCCGACCAUAAUAAACACCAUUAUUUAUUGUACUUAAGGGUAUUGACUUAAUUCUUUUAUUACCCAAUUUUUAAAAACAUUUGGAAUGUCAGAUCAUUCUAAAUGGCUGGGAACAAGUGCAUUGUUCAUAUUCAUGAAAUGGUUAAAUUGCAAUUUUUUUCUUUGCAUCAGCAGUAGCCUGUGUAAAGCCACAAAUAUUUUCCAGACUUAUGAUACUUUACAGGUAGUUUUUAUAGAGUGUCUAUUUCUAUUCAGCUUUUUAUUCACUUUUCUUUAUUUUCUCAAGAAUGUAUUGAGAUACAGCACAACUCCAUAAGAGAGUAAAAUUGUGACCAGGUAGCAUUUUUUUUCUUAUGAGAAUUGCUUACGGAAUGCUGAAUAGCUGAGAGAAUAGGAAAUUGCAGAAAUACACAUCCCAGUUUUGAGAGAUGUUUUGAUUGCUGUAUUAAGCCAUCUUCUGGCAAAGUCACAAUUAGUUUUUGGUUGCAAAAAUCCAUCAAUAUUCAUAUUGUGGCCAUUGUGAAGCAAUCUGGCAAUUUCAGAUUCUAAUUAAUUUUGUGAGACCAUGUUUUUACGUUUUUAUUGAUGCUUUUAUAGAAAUUCAGAUGGUUCAGCAACCAUUUUCUAGUUGUAAGUAUUCCAUAUUCAUAUCUGAUAUUUCUUCCUUUUUGGUUUAACUGCAAAAUUAUUUAGCAAUAUACUGGGAAAUAAAAUAUUUCAAA